CUGAUAGACGGCACUGACUGGCAUCACUGCUGGGCACUGACUGGCGUCACUGACUGGCACAACCCCUGGGCACUGACUGGUGGCACUGACUGGCAGCACUGCUGGGCUGCACUGGUGGGUGGCACUGGUGGGCAGCACUGGUGGGUGGGCACAGGUGGGUGGCACUGCUGGGCACAGGUGGGCGGAACUUGCGGGUGGCACUGCUGGGCACCGAUCAUCAGGGCACUGAUCAUCAGUGCCCUGAUGAUCGGUGCCGAUCCCCGCUCUGACAACUGCCGAUUCUCGGCAGUACUUUCCUCACGAUCUGACAGCGUGAGGAAAGUGCAGCCGAGAACCGGCACUUGC